AUGAGCAAAGAGAAAGUUACCCUUCUCCUUUGUUGUAAUGCACUUGGUGAAAAGUUAAAACCUCUAUUAAUUGGAAAAUUCAAAUCUCCUAGGUGUUUAAAAAAUUUUAACGCUGAGGAUCACGGAGUACUAUAUGCUGCAUCAAAAAAUUCGUGGAUGACUAGUGAUAUUUUUGGGAAAUGGUUAUGGAAAGUAAAUCAAGAUAUGAUCAAUGAAAAGAGAAAAAUUGUCUUAAUACUGGAUAAUGCGAGCUGUCACAGAAAUACAGAAUAUUCCAAUGUUUAUUUACUUUUUCUUCCCAAAAAUACGACCGCUUUAAUUCAACCCCUAGAUAUGGGAAUAAUAAAAUCCUUCAAGUCCCUCUAUUUCAAUAAACUGAUUGAUUUUACUCUUAUAUUUGAAAAAGAACAGCUUUCUGAUUUGAAUUUGAAUAAUGUCAAUCUUAGACAAGUCAUUACAGUUGUCGGGGAGGCAUGGAAAAUGAUGUCAGAGACAACGAUAAUUAAUUGCUGGCAGAAAAUAAAUGAAAACAGAUCAAAAAUUUCGGAUAAUGUACAGUUGGACGAAGAAUUAAUAGAUGACGUGAUUUCAGAUGUUAUUUCAAUGGAUUCGACAGAUAUUAUUGAGGACAAAAUUACUUAUGAUGGAUAUGAAUCUAAAAAAUCAUCAAUUAAAGAAAUCAUAAACAUCGUGAAUUCUCUAGAAGAUAAUAUUUUCAGUACAUGUCCACAAUUUUUGAAAAUCUACUACGAAUUUAGAAAAAACCUAUCAGGAGAACUGAAAAAAAACCAAUUCGGUGAGAAAAUUACUGAUUACUUUUAA